ACGUAUGACGUCACCACCAAAGCUUGAAGGUGUUUAUUGUUCCUUCUUGUUGAGCGAGAGAAAGGGGGUGGCAAAAGCGGAGGUAAACGAAUAUCACGGGCAUUUCUCGGAGGGCUGCAAGUAGCACUGUUUAAUAGAAUUAAACAGAAUAAAGGCCAAGACGGUAGACACAGUGUUCAUUGGCCAUGGCGUACGCGUACCUCUUCAAAUACAUCAUAAUCGGAGACACGGGCGUGGGGAAAUCAUGUUUACUCCUACAGUUUACAGAUAAGCGGUUUCAACCAGUGCACGAUCUCACUAUUGGUGUUGAAUUUGGUGCGCGGAUGAUCACUAUUGAUGGGAAACAGAUUAAGCUUCAGAUCUGGGACACAGCAGGUCAGGAGUCAUUUCGGUCCAUCACCAGAUCCUACUACAGAGGAGCUGCAGGGGCGCUGCUGGUGUAUGACAUCACAAGAAGGGACACCUUCAACCACUUGACCACUUGGUUAGAAGACGCUCGACAACAUUCCAACUCCAACAUGGUUAUCAUGCUCAUAGGGAACAAAAGUGAUUUGGAGUCUCGGAGAGAGGUGAAGAAGGAGGAGGGCGAGGCCUUCGCCAGAGAACACGGUCUCAUCUUCAUGGAGACCUCCGCCAAGACGGCGUCAAACGUAGAAGAGGCGUUCAUCAACACGGCCAAGGAGAUCUACGAGAAGAUUCAGGAAGGGGUCUUCGACAUAAACAACGAGGCGAACGGCAUUAAAAUUGGCCCUCAGCACGCUACCACCAACGCCACGCUGUCAGGCAGUCAGGGGGGACAGCAGGCUGGGGGGGGCUGCUGCUGAGUCCUUCUGUCUGCCUGUACUCCCCCCCCCCCCCCCCCACCCCCCGGCUGGGCUCACCCCCCCCCCUCCCCCAACCCCUCUCCCCCGCCACCUUACCCCAACCUUCCCCUAACUGCCCCCCCGACCCACCCACCCCCCCCCCCCCGCGACCGCCCGGCCUGCGGAGACCACUCGCCGUACCAGAUGGCUGUCCGUCAACAAGCCCCCGGUCCUACGCCGCGCUCGCACCGCUGCGGGUCUGUUUCGGGCCCCCGCCGCAGCCACGGCCCCCGCUCACACGACACCAGUCUGAGGACCCACAGCCGCUCCCGUCCGACCUCUCAGUCAGAACCCCCACCCAUCAUGUCUCUUAUCCCCCCCCCCCCCCCCCCCGUUAUUUUGUGCCCUCUUUUGACUUCAAAACUGAAUUGUAUUAAACACUAAAAGGUCAUCUGAGUAUUUUAAUGGGUUCAUGUGAGUGAAGUCUUUCAGGCUGAAAUAAUUCCGGGCAGGGGGGGGGGCGACGUCAGAAGCUGCAGCCAUUUUCAAAAAUGAAGAAGAGGAAAGGAAAAAAAAAAAAAAAAAAAAAGCAGGGCUAUUUUAAUUCUGUAUUUAUCAUUUACCUUCUGUAUAUAUAGUCAUCAUUUCUUGCUUUGGUGUAUAUUGACCAAGCUAGAGUUCUUUAAUGAAUUUGCUGAAAUUCUAUACUGUACAAUUAGAGCUUGAAACUGCAACAGUAUUGCUGUAGUCCCCAAACCUGCUUUUGACAGAAUUUUUUUUUAAAUCCUGUUUUACAUUACGGUCUUUUACUUUGUUCUGACACCUACUUUUUUUCCCCGUCACCCCCCCCCCCCCCCUCGCCUCGCCCCCCACCUCCUGAACCCCGCUCUGUGUGUUGUGACGACGGCUCAAUAUUCUAUCUAUUUUAAUGCCAAAUUUUUUGUGUUUACCUGUGUUCUGUAAUCACACCUACAGAAGUGGACCGCCUCCCUGCAGUGAAGAAUCAGCUGAUUGCCUUAAAAAAAGCAGAUCUUUUUAGUGGUACAUUAAAAAACAAAAAAAACAAAAACAAAUUUCAAACGCAAAAUUAUGUCACGACGGAUUCAUACUAAGGACGGGAUAUGGAAACGUGGCGUUUCGGUAUCGGAACUCGAGUUUCUGGUUGCUCCGGGAUGGGACGCAGGCGCAGGUGAUCAUGUGACUGUAGUGGUGUGAGCGGGACCGUGCCGAGGUGGGAUUUAUUCGGCCGCACGCGGCCCGCUCAGAGAUGUGUGGUGAACACCUAGUCUGAAGUGAAAAGGUAGUGUAUGUAAGAGCCAAACCUGGACCAUCUUUGUGACCUCUCCCAACUUUAUUUGCUGUGUUGGUUCUUCUUAAGAUGACAUGUUAAAACAAUAAAAAAUCCUGUGGUUUAAAUGA